AAAUAUUUAAAUUCUAAAGGGAAGUUUUUUUAAAAGAUAAUAAUAAAAGCAGAAGGAGGCGACUGAAGAGGAUGCAUCUACUCAUGAUAUGUGGUCAAAGCUAUCUCACUCUUUAGAUUUUAUGGCCCACGUCCAUGCUUCAUAUUGCCUACGUCCCAUUUUUUUCUUUUACAGUUUGCUUGUAAGGUUGUUAUAAAAAGUUUUUACUGCAAAACAAAAUAACUAUUUACAGUUUUGCGGGGGCUAAAAUAUGCUAUAUAAAGUUCUGAUAAUAAGAAUUAUAUUUUCAGGAACGAAACUGAAAUUAAAAAAGAGAAAAGGAUUAUUAAUCUAUUUUUUGCUAAUUUAAUCUAUUCUAAAUUAAUAAAGAGAAAAAGAUUAUUAAUCUAUUUUUUUGCUAAUUUAAUCUAUUUUCUUAGAAUGUAUAUAUAUAUAUAUGUAUAUAUAUUAAGUAUUACUAUGAUGUUGUAACAGUUUUCCUAUUAUACGUGUCUGCCUCAAGAUAUUUGAAAAUUUAUAAUUUGAACUUUGUCAAACGAAAACAUUACCAUUAUCGGAUAUAUGAUAAAAUUUCUACUGAUUUGUAAUAGAAUUAUAGAAAACAGCUUUUGUAUUUUCGCUAAAAAAAUGUCCAACACGUAUUUUAUUAAAAUUCAAAGUGUUUUAUAUUACUAACUUUUUCUUUAUCAAAAAAUUAAUUCUUUAUAAAAAGAUUUAAUUGUUUUCAUUUUUUAUUAGUUAACGAUGUUUUUUUUGUUUUUUUUCUACUACUUCGCGACAACAGAAAGCCGGUUGACCGUCCGGUCUUCAGUAAUUUGGGAUUGACUUUUAGUAGAUUGUUUUUGCCUUUCGCCUCGUUCGAACUUGCUGAUUUUUUUUUUUUUUUUUAAUUUUGACAUUUUAAUUAAUAUACAGAACAACUGAGUUUUCCCGAUAAGCGGCACUACUUUAUAUAUAAUUAAAAUGUUAUUCUAAAAUUCCACUAAUAAAAAGCUAGAGACAUCAAAUUUAUAAAUGAUUUGCAUUUCACUUUAACAUUUGACUUUAUUUUUAUUAUUAUUUAAGGUUAUAAACUUGUACUAGUAUUCAUCAAAGUUAAAGGGUUUUCAAUCCGAUACCCUAUGCACACAAAACUCAUUGCAUUUGACUAACACAAAUACUUACUUUCAUAAACUAAUCAUGCAGAUUUUAAUUAAUAAAAAUUAGUUGAAAAUAUUACUACACGUUUGAAAUAAUUUUAACCAUAGUAAUGCUAUCUCUUCGGCCAUUUUGAAGGAUUGGUAGACCAUGGUUCAUGUAAGAGUUUUGGUGGGGAGGGGGGAGGGAGUUCAUGUGAGUACUAAAUUUUUAUAGACUUUAAAACACACUUAUCUAUUUUUAAAAAUUAAAACAUAUUUAUUCAUAAUAAGUAGAGAUGGCAAUUCAGGGGCUUGCCCGCGGGCCUGGCCCGGAAAUGCCCAUUGCGGGGCGGGAUUGGGUAAAGAUAUUAUGGCCCGUUUAGUUGCGGGUCUUGCGGGACAGGACCGCGAUGGUACUGGGCCGAAGCGGGACGGGCCAAAGCGGGAUGCGGGGAAACAUUGAGGCCCGCUACAGUUUUCUCGUUUGUCUCUUUGGUGAUUUACCGAUAAUAGAGCUAAACGGUGAACAGGUGAUGACGAUAGUGAUUCUUGCUCUCUGUGUUUCUUCUUCUUCGAUCGAGUGAUCGACGACGACAAAGCAUCUUCUUCUUCUCCUCUGUACAGUAGAUCGACUUGCAUGUCCAGAGUUAUUUAGCUCGUGCUUCUCUGUUUACACGAUUUUAGAUUUCUGUUCGUCCUUUCAAAGGUAAGUAAUCUUCUUCAUAAGUAUUUAGCUCGUCCCUUCAUAACGAAGGUAAGUAAUCUUCUUCCUUGUUCUGUCUCUAUCCCUGUGAAUGUGUUCUGUGAAUCUUCUUAGUUAGAUUAUGUCUCUCUGCGAAAGUAUUUUUUCCUAACAGUGUAAUGAUAUAUAUAUAUAUAUAUAUAUAUAUAUAUAUAUAUAUAUAUAUAUAUAUAUAUAUUGUGUUGUUAUGUUUUGUUUAUGUAUUAGAUGGCUUGGUUGUAUAAGCGUUGUUCUCUUUUUGUUCUGCUUACUCUCGGUUGCUAGUUAUUAAUUAAAAAAUUCAACACAACUUUACUCUUGGUUGUUUCUGUAUUGUUCUGUUUUUGUUUCGGUAUUGAUAUAUAUAUAUAUAUAUAUAUAUAUAUAUAUAUAUAUAUAUAUAUAUUGUGUCGUUCUUCUUUUGUUUCUGUAUUAGAUGGCUUUGUUGUUUUUUAAGUAUUGUUCUGUUUUUGAUUCUUGUUGAUAACACGGUUCAAGCACUCUUGUUAUCUUGUUUGAUAACACAUUGGUCUUCUUUUUUAUUAAAUAUCGCUUACACUUGUUUUGUUUUUCACGCAUGAUCAUGAAUUCAUGAGUCGAUACUUGUUUGAUGGAGUGAUGUUGGACAAGGAGAGGAGAGACUGAUAUUAUUCCCUUCUGCCUUCGGGUUGCUUCAGGACUUGAGGUGACACAGGUCCCAAGCCUUGAUGAAGAUUGCUGGCCCGCGGGCCGACCCGCAUACCCGCUGCUAUAGGGCGGGUCGGGAUUGGUCAUAGGUUUCAGAGACCGCAGCCCGCCGCGGUACGACCCGCAGAGACUCGAAUGAAACUGAGCCCGCGACGGGGCGGGUCAUUUGGUUGCGGGAGAGCCCAAAUGCCAUCACUAAUAAUAAGAAUCAAAAAGUUAGUUCUGGUCAACGUAAAAACAAUGUCUAUGGAUUACAUGAAUCCGAAGAUAAAGACAUAAAAUAAACAACCCAAAAGUUAGAAGAAAUAGUAUGGAAAGAAGACAGGAGCUUCCUGCUUUAGUAACCACCGACAAGCAACCCAACAUACAUUUGCGACUUCAUAGAAACUGGGUGUCUAAACUAGUCAGUAGAUCUGUCGACACUCGCCUUUAGAUACACUACAUACAUCGUAAUCUGAUUUCCGAAAACGUAACCAUCUCACAAGUCUGAAACCCACACACCUCUUCACAAUCAUCCCAUAUGUGAGAUGAAGCCACAACAGAAAGGAAACACAACGGCAUCAGAUACCUUCACAUCAACUAAUACAUACCCAAUAACCUGAUGACUAACGAACAGAAAUGGGCAUCUUCUAUGUCAUCCUCUAAAUCUUAAAUCCUAAAUCCUUGGAUAAAUCCUAAUCCCUUGGAUAAAUUCUAAUCCCGUAGAUAAAUCCUAAACUCUAAAUAAAAAACACUAAACACUAAAACCAUAAACCCUAAAUCCUAAAUCCUAAAUCCUAAACCCUAAACCCUUAAGUGUUUUAGUGUUUAGUGAUUUUGAUUUAGAGUUUAGCAUGUAUCCAAGGGUUUAGGGUAGGAUUUAAGGUUUAUGAAUUAUGAUUUAGAGUUUAGUGUUUUGCUGACGAUGUUAAAAAUAUUUUUUUUUGUAAUUACUACUAUUUAUUUAUUUAUUUUACCUUUUAAUUUUAAAAUUAUAAUAUAUUUUGACAAUAUUUUGUUUUUUUUUUUUAAAUAUCAAAUAUGAAAUAACACAAUCCUAUCGGUUGGUGAACCUAAAAGUUCACUAUAGGGAGUGAACCCAAAAAUAAGUCACAGUAUACACUAUAUGAUUUUAUAUCCAUUAAAGAAUCAAAGGGAAAAGGCACAAUACCAAAUCUUAAUGCAUCAAACCCAAAAAUAAACAAAUACACUAUUGUUUUAUGAGUUUUAUUUCCUAAAAAUUAGGAAAAUAAUUUUUUUAACUCAAAUAAAACCCCAGAAAAACAAACGCAGUAUAUUUAAUAAGAGAUCAGAAAAUAUAUUUUAUUUAAAUUCUUUUGUUAAAAAGAAAAAGUUGUAUUUAAAUGCUACUUGAGAAGCGUGUGAAAAUCACGAAGAUCAAAUAGUGGUGAAAUAGCGCGUGAAAAACAAAGAAUACAGAAAAAGCCUAGAGAUGUGCCAUACCAAAUUAUAAAUGGCGGCAAAUUCUAGGUUGUUUCCCACGUUACUUCUAGCUGUAAAAUGGUAAGAUUUUUUAACUAGUAUAUACAGUGUGUACUUAUUUUCAACAGAUAUUUUCUCUAAAUUGUUUUAACAAAUAUAUUUUAAAUAAAAAGUUUCCUAAAUAAAUAUAUAUACUUCUAUAAAUAAGUUUAUUUGUUUUCUACUUUAGAAAACAAUAUAAUGAACUGUACAAUACAGUGUAUUCAAAAAUUUGAAUAUAUCAGUUUAAGGAAGUUUCUUUAAAUUUGCUAACAGUUGGUGAACUCAUUUAAGUAAAAAACAUUAGUACGUGCACUCUCUACAAAUCAUCAUUAAUUAGUCAUACUGUCAUACAUGUCGGUCAAAGCUAGUGGAAUGAUAACAACUAGUAAAACAGAUUCUAAAAAUUUGUAGAGAAGAGGUAACUUAUUAUUAUUAUAAUAAAAUUAGUGACGAAAUGAGAAGAAAAAAACACCAGGACCGGGUAUCUUGGGGGUCACGUGACAUGAAUAGGUAAGGCUCGAGAUUGAUAGCACGCGCUGACUCAGCACAUACCAUAGGCAACAAGAAGAGGCCAAAUAUCAUAUAUUGACACGUGUCACCAUUUAACUUGCUCUCAUGAAUGCGGCGUCCAGUAAUUUUAAACAAUUUUCUUAUUCCGCAACUACCCUUGGAUGUUGGCGAAUAAUAUCAGAACUGCCAUCGGUGGAGGAGCGGAAAAGGAAUAGAAAAUAAAAGAAAGUUAAUACAAGAGAUACCAUAACUUUUAUUAUUAAAAAUGAAUAAUAUCUCUCCUCCUGAUCCUAUAAAUGAGGAUUCUGAGGAGUGAGCUUGAGAAGCCUUCUGCACACCCUCAGCAAAAUCAGUGUGUUUCAAAACGAGUUUCUCUCUCACCUACCAAAAUAUCAAACGAAAAAUCUUCAAUCUCUCCUCACUUUUAAAACCAUUUUAAAUUAAAUUCUCGUGAUAAAAUCUCUCACAAGAUUUUAUUUUAUUUUUGAUUCUCCAGUAAUCUCUUCUCAAACUUUUCAAGUUUUAAUCCCUUUCUUUUCGCUAUUUUUUUCAUUUUGAUGCGAAUAUAGAGAAUUAAAAAAAAAAAGAAUAUUGAUGGAGGAAUACAUGGAUCUUCGACCACUGAAGUACACAGAGCACAAAACAUCAGUCACUAAAUAUCUCUCCGGCGAAACUCGACCUGACUCUGUCAGAACCGUUCGUGUCUCUAUGACCGAUCCUUACGCAACCGAUUCAUCAAGUGACGAAGAAGAAGACUUCCUCUUCCCUCGCCGACGAGUCAAGAGGUUCGUCAACGAGAUCAAAGUCGAGCCAGGCUGCAACAACAUCAACAUCAACAUCACCGGAGUUUCCAUGAAGGAAAGGAAGAGACUCUCCGACGAAACUCAAUCUCCGGCGGCUUCGAACCGUCACCGUUCUCUCAAAGUCUCAGUCUCCUCCGGCCAAAAUGGGAGGAAGUUCCGCGGCGUUAGACAACGGCCGUGGGGGAAAUGGGCGGCGGAGAUUCGAGAUCCGGAGCAGCGCCGGAGGAUUUGGCUUGGUACUUUUGAGACGGCGGAGGAAGCUGCUGUGGUUUAUGAUAACGCUGCUAUUAGACUCCGUGGACCGGACGCUUUAACCAAUUUCUCCGUACCGCCUCAAUCUCAAGAAGAUGAAUCAGAACCGGAGCAACCGGUUAUUGAUAAACCGGAAAGCAUCAUUACAACAACAACAACAACAACAUCAAGUUCUGAAUCAACCGAAGAUUUUCAACAUAUUUCGUCUCCUACAUCCGUUCUCAAUCUCCAAUCAUCCGAAGAGAUGCAACAAAUACAGCAGCCGUGUAAAUCAGCUAAACCGGAACCGGAGAGUUCAGAUGCACCAUGGUGGCAUACCCGGUUUAGUACCGGUUCAAGUGAAUCCGAUGAUUCGUUUCCAUUGGAUACCUCAUUUCUGGACAACUAUUUCAACGAAUCUCCACCGGAGAUUUCGAUAUUUGAUCAACCAAUGGGUCAAGUAUUUUCAGGAAAUGAUGAUAUCUUUGGUGAUAUGUUCUUGGGUGGUCAAAGUAGUAUGAACAUUGACGAUGAGUUUACAUCUUCGAGUAUCAAAGACAUCGGCUCAAUGUUCAGUGAUUUUGAUGAUUCGUUAAUAUCAGAACUAUUAGUCGUUUAAUAUCAUGAGUGAGGAGACGCUAAGAGGAAAACCAUUAGCAAAUAUCUAUGAGGCUACUGAGAAAUUUUGAUGUUUUUUUUAUUAUUUAGUCAGCUUUUAUAAAUUUAAUAAUUUAGUUUUGUCAGGAGAUUGUAAAACAGUUUUGGAGAAAUAGUGGCAAAUUGUUAAUGCAUUUUGUUGUUAUUUAUUAAUUAAAUGUGUUAUUAGUUGCACGAACGUGUUUAAUUUGUAGACUCUAAUAUUUAUAGCAUUUGCAUUUAUUUAGUUUGUUAAUUAUUCAAUUUAGAAAAGCCAAAGUGGCAUUCUCUUUGUCAAUGUCUAACUGCGAGGCCCCAACUACGGUCGUGUCCAGUGAACUGAAGGGCUUUGUGUUUGGUCUGUUUUAAGUUUUCUUUCAAUCUAUAACAGAAGAGUGUUGAGUUUUUAUUUUUACCUUUCUAUGUUAGCGGUAAGAAUUUUAUUUCACAGAAAUAUACAUAUGCGGUUACACAGAAUUCUCCAGUUCGUUUCAUCAACGCAGGUACGGCGUCUGCGGAUGUGUUUUCAAUUAAAAUUUGUUCGUUUCAUCAACGCAGAUAUCUGAAUCUGUGUCCGAAUACAGCAUCCAGCGUUAGACUCCGAAAUAACCAGCGGUCGCGACUUUAAUUCUGCAUUUACUUAAUUUAUUUACCAUUUUGUCUUUAACUUAAUUCACUAGUUACCGAAAAAACAGAGACAGACACAAAUUCAGACUCAGACGCAGCCUGUUGCGGCAACAAAACCAACAACACUAUAGUAAUUAUAUGGUUUUAAAUAUUUAAGUGGUUUUGAUGAAGAUUUCUCAAAUGUACCAGUUUAGUUUUUGAUAAUUUGGUAAACAUUCAGAAAAGUUAGUCUCAAACUUAGAGAUUAAAUGUAUGGAUCACAUGCGACCAGGGUGUGUUUCCCUAUUAAGUAUUAACGGUGAUUUUAUUGUGUUGUGUAUCGUAAUCAUAUCGAGGGUUUAGUGUUUGGCGCCUCUAAUCAUAUUACGUUUGUGAAAGUGAUGUAAGUAAAAAUAUAUAUACAUAUAUAUAUAUAUAUGUAUAUCAUGAAGUCAAACUUAUGUAUUUAAAUAAAUUUUUAGACACAAAAUAAUAGAAGAUUGUUUGCUUUAAUAGUUAAAAAGGAAAGAAAGGUAGAGUGAUCUUCCAUCAUGUAAAAUAUUUGUCUCGUAAAAAUCAUAUAGAAUAAGAACUCAACAAAAAGCAUAUACGUAUAUACAUAUUAUUUAAUAUAUAAUAUAAUUGUGGCUCUAAAGAUACUAUUUUCUUUAUCUUGUUCUUGGUGGUGUUUUGUUCACAUUUUCUAUAUCUAUGUUACGCAAGAGUUAAAAAAAAGAUACUAUUUUCUUUUUAUAAAAAAAAUUAUCAGAAUCCUAUAAUCCUAACUUCACCUAUAAACUUGUGAUUCUUUUUUUUUUUUUGAAAAAAUUAACGUUUUUGAUAACCUUUCUAACAAAAUAUUUUAAGAGCAUUUCUAAGGUUUUGAAAUUUUCUACUAAACAUAAUUUGCUUAUAAAUAAGAAUUUUAAGAUUUUGGUGGCAGUUUUUGUUUUGGAUUUUUCAAAUACACCGGAUGGUUGAUUUUAUGGAAAUCGGAUUUAUCAACCAUUAAUGAAUCAAGAUGAAACAAAACUCCAAUUCCUUGUCACAAAUCGUAUUUAAUGAGUUCUCCUUGUUUUAUUUCUGACUGACAUAAGAAACUAAGACCAUGAUUCUUAAUUAGGGUUUUUAUCUUUGGUUAAGAGACGAUUUUUAGUUUUUUUUUAGAUUUUAACUAAGAAAAGCUAAAGUCUCUUAAAUAAGAGAUAUAAGAGCCGUCUCUUAGCUGAAAAGUAUAAAAAAACAAAAAAAAAACAAAAAAAAAUGUUAAAUCAUGAGUUAAAAACCCCCACUAAAAAACCGGAGUUAAGAACUCCCACUAAAAAACCGGAGUUAAUCAUGUCCUAAUGGUCUUGAAAGUUUGAGAUAAUAGCCCUAUGAAACGUAACAAAAAUGAGUUCUAGCUAACAACUAGAUAAACAAAUAUAAAAACACUUUAACAUGAAAAGAAGAGGGAACAAUAAUGAAAAACAAAAUUCAGGGAAAAAUGUUAAAGAAAUCUUUUAAUGAUCACAUUUUUUUGUUAGAUUGAAUUUAAAUUUGUAGACAACCCUUAAAAUGUCAAUUUCUAUUUUUUUUUUGCACCGACCGGUCUAUACUAGAUUUUGAUCCACGUUUGAAAAGCACAGAUUUAUUUUUGAAAUGAGUUUAUAUGUAAAAUAGUGUAUAAGUGUGGCAUAUUUAUCCGAAACCGAACCAAGCCGUACCAUACUGAAAAAUACAAAUCAAAAUUGAAUUGAAUAUCAUAAAUAACCGAGUGAAUCUUAUAUCUUUGAGAACCGAAAAACUGAAUCAAAAAACUAAAAUCGAACCGAUAACCAAAUGGGUACCUAAAUUUUUAAAAUACAAAUCAUAUACCUAUAAAUACUAAUUAUAUUUAAUUUCUAAAAAGCCAAAGAUCAUAAGAAAUUAUUUAUACUUAAUUUCUAAUAACCGUAUCAAUUUUAAUAAAAACCAAUAAAUUUAAAAAUCGCCAUUAACCUGUGAACCGAGACCGUUUGACCCGAAAAACCCAGAAAAUUUGAUAAUAUUUAUAAAAUUUUGAUUUAACUCUUUCAUAUACUUUAUAAUAGUAUAUAAAACUGAAUAAACUAUUUGAUUUGUUAUAUAUGGUAAAUUCAUUGUAUUUAUGUUAUGUAUUUUAAUUUAUAGGUUUUGUAAUGAUUAUUUUAACUUCACAUUUGUUAGUUUUGGUAUUAAAAUUAUUAUUAAACUGAGUAUAAUUAACUAUAAAUUUUAAACAUAAAUUAAUAAUUUGUUUGUCAAUGGAAAAAAACGUUUGUAUCCAACUUAUAUAUUUAAUAACGAUAUUAUGUUAGUAUUUUCUCAUAUUUUUAGGAGGGGUUAUUGGCAAAUGAAUUCUCAUCGACUUUGGAAAUUUUUAGAUUCUAUUGUUAUUGGUUCGUUGAUUUUAACAGUUUUACUAAAAUCACUUGUUAUUGAUUUCAGAAUUUUUAAAAUUCAUUAAAAUCUCUUGUUAUUUAAAAAAAUUAUUAAUGAUUUUCUAAUUCUAAAUAAAUCUAGUGUUAUUGAAAGAUGAUUUUUUUCUAUUUUUACUCAUAAGACAUAACUUUCAAAAUAUCAUGUGUAUCCAUGAAAUUUACACAUACAAGUAGUAUAUUUUAGCUGCGUCUAUUAUUUUAUUCAAGCCUUUUUUUUUGUCAACUUAUUCAAGCUUUUAGUCUCUUACUUUAUGCGUAUAAUACCCAAGUAUAUAUUGGGAGCUCCCACUCCACCCCUAAGCCUUUUAUUUCGAAUGAUCACACUUUCAUUACCCACAUGAAAUAAAUAUUAUCUGAUCGUUUAUUAUAAAAUAUAUCAAAAUAGUUGUAUAAUUAAAUUGUUUUCCUCAGUUGGUCAAAAAUGAAAACUGAUUCUAUCAAAUUGACAUGGUGAUCGUAAAUCUCCAUAUUAGGUUGUAUUUAAAAUCUAUGUAAAAAAAAUGUAUCUAAUCUAUUAAAACUAAAGUACAAAAAAAAAUAACUCUUCAAUCAAAUUAAAAAUUACAGAUUUUGCUACUAAAAUUAUAACUAUUCCUAGAUUUUAGCAUUAAUUGUUUCUUCAUAAUUUAAAGUAAGCAUAUAACAUACCUUAUUCUUUGUUGAAAAAAAAAACAUACCUUAUUCUUUUCUUACAAAUUAAUGCUAAAAAUAUUUUCUAGCAUAUUGGGAAAUAAAACCUGAAUUUUUAAUUUUAUAAACUUAUUCUUCAUCUUCUUAGAUAAAAUAUUAUCAAGCUUAAUACCAGAAUACAUAAAUACCAACUGUCUAUAAACAUUUUAAAAUAGUAAUUUUGAUAGUCUCAACAGUAUUUCCUAAAAUUAUCUAUCAAAACUUAACCUAUUAAAGAUUAUAUUAUAGAAAAAUAUUUAAAUGAUAUAAAACAGAUCUGAAAAAAACUCGGCAAAUUUUUCUAAAUUGAAUAAUAUAUAUCAAGUAUAUUCAAAAUAGUAUAUAAACACACAGAAAUCAUAACAAAAAUUGUCCAAGCUACUUAUGGACUAUGUCGACGAAGUUAUGUCUUACAAUUGUGGAGAUCAGGGUUACCUAAAAACCAAAAAUUAUCUAUCAAUAUUUCCUAAAACUAUCUAUCAAAAUUAAUUUUAUUAAAGAUUAUAAUAUAGAGAAAUAUUUAAAUGUUAUAAAAUGGAUCUAAAAAUAACUCGGCAACUUUUUCUAAACCAAAAAUAUAUAUCAAGUAUAUUCAAAACAUUAUAUAAAAACACACCGAAAUCAUAACAAAAAUCGUUCAAGCAACUUAUGGACCAUGUCAACAAAUUUUGUCUUACAAUGGUGGAGAUCAAAGUUACUUAGAACGAUUUAUCAAUAUUUUAUAAAACUAUCUAUUAACAUUUAACGUAUUAAAUAUUAUAU